CAUUACCAUUAUUAGAUCUCUCUGUCUCUCUCUUUCUGUCCAAAUAUUAUCUUCUCUCUGCACCAACUUCAACGCAUUACAAAGCAGAAGACAGAACCCAAAAACCGACAAAGCUCCCUAUUCUCUCGAAAAUUCAUUACUUCUAAAGAUGGAUGUUGUGGGUGGCUGAUGAAUCUUCUUCUCUAGCAUGACCUUUAAUGAGAUGUGUGUGAGAAGAAACAACAUUUAUUUAACAACAACAAUCAUAGAUUCUAACGAAGCCAUUGGUAUGGAACAUGAAUUAGAUUGUGCUCGACAUCAAUAUUCAUCAGUGGUCACUUCAAUUCCAUUCUUCUCCGCUACAUUGUUUAUUCCUCUCUCUUUGAAAAUCACUAUACGUGACGGGUUUCACGAAGUUCUUUAAUAACAUUUUCAUACACAAACACACAAAAUAUCAUAGUUUAGAAAAUUUGUUCUUGGGGAGAUUUAGCUAUCUCUAGUUCAAAAGAUGCAAGCUUAUGCUUUAAGUGGGAAGAAAAGGAUUGUGAAUCACGGCAUGUGUUUCUCGAAAGGAAAUCUUGAUAUCGGUUCACGGUUGUCUGAGAAUUUUAUGGAUGACCCUUUGAUCCCGGGAUUGCCUGAUGAUGUCGCUAAGCAAUGCUUGGCGCUUGUUCCGCGUUCUAGGUUCCCUUCAAUGGGAAGUGUAUGCAAGAAAUGGAGGUUUGUUGUCCAGAGCAAAGAGUUUAUUACCGUGAGAAGACUCGCCGGUAUGCUUGAGGAGUGGCUAUAUGUUUUAACGACGAAUGCUGGUGGGAAAGAGAGCCAGUGGGAGGUGAUGGACUGUUUAGGACAGAAGCUAUCAUCUCUUCCACCGAUGCCUGGUCCUGAAAAAACAGGGUUUAAGGUUGUUGUGGUUGAUGGGAAACUUCUUGUUAUCGCUGGUUGUUGUAUGAUCAACGGUUCUCUUGUUGCAUCUGCUGAAGUUUAUCAGUAUGAUACUUGCCUCAACAGCUGGAGUAGACUAGCAGACCUGGAGGUAGCUCGGUAUGAUUUCGCUUGCGCUGAGGUUAACGGGCUUGUUUAUGUUGUGGGAGGUCACGGGGUAGAUGGUGAGAGUCUGUCGAGUGCAGAGGUGUAUGAUCCUGAGACGGGUACAUGGACUUUCGUGGAGUCUUUAAGGCGUCCGAGGUGGGGUUGUUUCGCUAGCGGAUUCAAUGGAAAGCUAUAUGUGAUGGGUGGAAGAUCCAACUUCACUAUUGGAAACUCAAAACUUCUUGAUGUGUACAACACUCAAUGUGGCUCCUGGCAUGGUAGUAAAAACGGUUUAACGAUGGUCACAGCUCAUGUUGAAGUAGGGAAAAAGCUGUUCUGUAUCGAUUGGAAGAACCAGAGAAAGAUGUCGGUGUUCAAUGCGGAAGACGAGACCUGGGAAGUGGUGGCUCUUCCGCUGUCCGGAAGCUCGAGGGCCGGGUUUCAGUUUGGUAAGCUGAGUGGGAAGCUUUUGCUAUUUUCGUCUCAGGAAGAAACUGGUCAAUGUACUUUAGUGUAUGACCCGAAUGCUUCACCAGGGACACAGUGGAAAACAUCUGAGAUAAAACUGUCUGGUUCUUGCGUAUGCAGCGUCACAAUCACAGCCUGAUUGAUUGCCAUUGUGUUGUUGUUACAUUUCUUCAUAUGAUCCAAAUCCAAAGAGAGCUUUUGUCUCUUAAGUUGAUGAUAACACUGAAUUUAAUAAAGUGGAGUGUUUUAU